AUGCUUUCGAGACGCGAACAAGUAAUCAAGCAAGCUCAAGAGAAUUUGAAGAAAGCUCAGGAAAGACAAAAGACAUACUACGACAGGAAAAGAGCAGACAAAGAGACAUUGGAACGCACAACUGUCUCCAGCAAGAAGGUCAUUCCUAAAUGGAUUGGACCAUACAAGAUUUUGAAGAAGCUGAGCGACAACGUGAUGAAGCUGAAGUUGCCGCCAAACAUUAAGAUGCGUCCAACCUUCAACGUUGGACAAACUCAAGCCGUACUUUGGAAAUCCAGAUCGAUUGGAAAAUUUCAAAUUCCCAAGUCAAGGCCAAUUAUCUUCAACGACGAAGGCGAACAGAUGUUCAUCAUUAAACUUUACUGA